ACACCAGCCUUCAACUCUAACAUUUCCCCCUUCUUUCCCACUCUUGUCUUUCUUCUUUUUCCUCUUCUUUCUCCUCUUCUUCUUGUUCCCUGUGUACUCUCCUUUAUCUGCUUCACCUGUAUCUCCGCCUUCUUUAUUUGCUUCUCAAAAUAACCGUCUUUCGUCGUAUCCCCUCCUCGCUCUCUUUUCUACGUUUUUUUUUCCCUCGCAUCUUCCCUGAUUUUUACCUUUUGUUUUGGAGCCUCGUUUCCGGUAUGGGGGAGAUUCUCUCUUCAACAAACCGUGGAUCAAUCUUGAGUUUGCUAGCAGAAUACGAUGACUUCCUGACAGAUUCUCUCGUCGACCGUGUACUAUCCCCUGAGAAAUCCUUGAGAAGAAUUUACCCUUACUGAAGUCGGACCGCGUCGCAGGUUCAUUACUGGGCUACCAUCCGGAAGAUUAGGGGUGCUUACCACCCGAGCCGUCGCCUCAAUACUAAUGCAAUAUUGAGGAUCGUUGUUGAAGAUGUGGUCCAGGACAGGAAUGUUAGAGUUGCACUGGAAAAGUUUCUGCGGUGUGUUCUGCCCCCUUGCCAUUCGAUGCUCGCCGCUCUUGAGCUCGAGCGAGAGCAGUGCGCCCCGGGAACGCCCAUCGCUCCCUACACCUCCCCGUUUUCUCCUCCAAAUCUGUCACGUCCUCUACAAGUGUAUUUCUUGGUCCUGGCCUAAUUUCUUGUUGGUUACAGUCUACCUGGAGUCGCGCAAUACUUGAGGGGUGGGGCCCAUGUCGAACCUGAAUUUUCAAGGCAUGUUGACUCUUCCGGCGGGACUGGACGAGUAAUCAAGACUGACUGUGCACUGGCAGACAUGCUCGCCGCUACCUAUCGAUCUAUCAGCCGGACGCCGCCUUUGAGGUCGCUAGCACCAACCGUUUUGAUCCCACGAGGCCCGAGGCAUGCGUAUUAGCUCGGAAGGAUCUUCGCCGUGGCGAGAUGGUCAAAUAUCUGACUGGGGUGUUGGUCAAGAUGUCCGAUAACGAGGAGCAAUAUUAUUCUCGGGUGCAGUCAGACUUCAGCAUCAUUUAUUCUUCACGCGUUGGCGCCAUGAGCCUGCUACUGGGGCCUGCUAGGUUUAUCAAUCAUGACUGCGAGCCAAAUUGCAAGUUCACCACUGCGGGAAAGGAGCAUGUGAAUUUAUACGUGGAAAGGGAUAUCAAGGCGGGCGAAGAGAUCACAGUCAAGUAUGCAGAUGACUAUUUUGGGGAGGGCAAUCGGGAAUGUUUGUGUAGGACUUGUGAAGGAUUGGGGCGCAGUGGAUGGGCUUCAGAAGUGGCUGUUGGAGAUCCACAACCCAUCGAGGAGGAUGGCUCAGCGAUCCAGGCGGUAGCGGGAGGAUUUGUGUUGGCCAGGAGGUCUAAGCGAAAGAGAAACUCUGCUUUCUCGCCGCUAACCAUACAAGAGGCCAAGAAGCAGAAGACUUCCGGAAACGGGUCUUUAGUUCCAAGCCCCCCGAACAGCAUUAGGGCACUUUCUGAGGGGCUCUGUAGUACCCCUCCGGUUCUUGACAUGGGCAUGCAUUCUGGGUAUUCCACUCCAAUGCUUGGAGCGAUCGGACCGGAAACACCUCCGGAGACCGACGGAGCUGUAACUCCUGUGAAUUUUGCGGAGGUUUCGAGAGCAUCGGCUCUCUUCAGCGCAUCAGAGGCACGUGUAGGGGAAAUAAAUGAACCUCUGCAGUGUGCGCCGAGCUCGCUACUGUUGGGUAGACUAGCUGAAAGAUGCUUUCCCGAGGCAGGUGCGCAGUCGGAAGCAAUUGUUGAUCCUCCUCGGAGCGAGCUGCAAGCCCGGCCCCUGCCCCAAAUAACCAUCGAUCCGACUUGCGAUGAUCAUGCUUCUAGAGUGGGUCUUGAGCAACUAUCGACUGUUGCUGGCAGUUUCUUGGAUGACACGUUGAGAGGGUCUAAAUGUAACGCACGACAUGCCUUGGAUGAUGAGUUGUCUGAUUUCACAGAGGUCGAUGACUCGGACUUUGAUGAUGAAACGCAGACAAUCGAUAUCAAACGACUGGUGAGGAAACAACGGGCCAAGGCUAAAAAGGGAUCACGAGUUAGAGGAAGUGAGCCCCACUUUCACCCCUGUGAGCCGCCCGUGAAGCGUGUUCCUGGAGAUUAUCUCGCUCAGAACAAGGCUGGUAUAUCUUGCAUCUGUUCUGAUUGCCGAGAAUCCUUUUUUCACGCCGAGAAGUUCAAUAUCCCGACAACAUGCAAGCGCUGCGAACGCCAUACUAAGAUCUAUAAGUUUGGUUGGCCGAAAACGAUGGGAAAGAAGAAUGAGACUGCAGUAAGAGUUACCCUGCCUCAAAUUGAAUCCUGAUGGCUAAAUCGAUACCAGGAGCGGUGCAAGGAUUAUCGUGUUGUCCAGCGUCCCGUGGUGUCAAAUAGACACGGGAGACACCGUUAGAGUCACGCAGGCUUAUAAAUGCUAGGCCAUAGUCGGCCAGGGAGUCGCAGGUGCUGUUUUGGUUCUAGGGGUUAAGGCAGGGGAGAGGACUGGCGAGCAAAUGGAGAACAAUGGUGGUGAUUGGUACUAA